AUGCCCUCCCCCAAAGUCACCAUUACCGCCCCCAACGGGCGACAGGUCGCUAUCAAUACUGGCCUUUUCAUCAACAAUGAAUGGGUUGAAUCGAGAGACGGGAAGAAAUUGACAAGCAUCAAUCCAGCCACUGAAGAGGAGAUUGUUUCUGUCUCUGCUGCUACCACCCAUGAUGUUGACACAGCUGUCAAAGCUGCCCGUGCUGCCCUGGAGGGAAGCUGGGCUGAAGUAGACGGCACCCAGCGAGGCCAGCUCCUGAUGAAGUUGGCCGAUCUUGUGGAGGCUGAGAUGGAGCCUUUGGCAACCCUGGUGACAAUUGAAAAUGGGAAACCCUACAGCCAGGCGACCGGAGAUAUUGAAGAAAUGUGCGGCGUCUUUCGAUAUUACGGAGGCUGGGCCGAUAAAACAUACGGCCAAACAAUCGAAACCAACCGGAACAAGUUCACAUACACCCUUCGUGAGCCGAUAGGUGUCUGCGGUCAGAUUAUCCCAUGGAAUUACCCGCUUGGGAUGGCAGGCUGGAAGCUGGGCCCGUGUUUAGCAUGUGGAAAUACGACUAUUCUGAAGCCAGCGGAACAGACGCCACUGUCAAUCCUCUAUUUCGCUGACUUGGUGGUCAAGGCCGGUUUCCCACCCGGAGUCAUCAACAUUCUCAACGGUUCCGGCCGUGAAGCUGGCUCAGCAAUCGUCGAGCACCCUGGAAUUGACAAGAUUUCCUUUACUGGAAGCACGGCUACAGGCCGCAUGAUCAUGAAGUCUUCGGCUGGGACAUUGAAAAAUAUUACUCUCGAGACGGGAGGGAAGUCUCCUUUGAUCAUUUUCGACGACGCGGAUAUGAAGAACGCCGUGAAGUGGGCUCACUACGGCAUCAUGGGCAACAUGGGUCAGAUCUGCACCGCUACCUCUCGUAUAUUCAUUCAUGAGCGGAUAUAUGACGAGUUUAUGGAAUUGUUCUUGAAAUACACGGCCAAGAUCUCCAUUGUGGGAGAUCCGUUUGAAGAAAAGACGUGGCAUGGCCCCCAGGUGUCCAAGGCGCAAUAUGAAAAGAUACUGGGGUACGCGGAAUCAGCUCGGCAGGAGGGUGCCACGGUUCUGGCUGGUGGUCAACCAGCAUCCAACAAGCCCAAUGGCAAGGGAUACUUUAUCGAUCCUACCGUGGUGGGUGACGUAAAGCCUUCAAUGAAGGUAUACCAGGAGGAGAUUUUCGGUCCGUUUGCAGUGGUUGUCAAAUUCACUUCGGAAGAGGAAGUUGUAAAGGCAGCCAACGAUACCGAGUACGGGCUUGCAGCCACACUGUUUACGACAGACGUAACCCGGGCGGUCCGGGUCUCACAGAGGCUCCGAGCCGGAAACAUUUGGAUAAACUCAAAUAACAACAGUGACUUCCGAGUUCCUUUUGGCGGGAUGAAACAGUCCGGAAUUGGAAGAGAGCUGGGAGAGGCUGGCCUUCAAGCAUACUCAACGAUCAAAGCUGUGCAUCUGAAUUUAGUGAUGGCCAACCCUGACAUCUAG